AUGGAGCCCAAUAUCUCGGGGUCUUUCCUCUUCAACAACAGCCUGAACCAGUUCCCGUCGGACAUCAAGGCACCCAUGUGCCAGUAUUCUGUGUCCAACUCCUUCUACAAGCUCAGCCCCGCCAACCUCAAUGCCCAGCUGCAAGCGGGCACCCCGCAUGGCAUCAGCGACAUCCUGAGCCGCUCCAUGGUGGGCGCACCCGCCAACACCGCCCUGCUCACGGGCUAUUCCGCCAUGGGCGGCUUUAGCACGGCCAUGCCCAGCCCAGGGAUGUACUACAACCGGGAUUAUGCCCCCACGGGGCUGGGCGGUUUCCCAAAACCUAGUGCGGAGUGCCCGGGUGUGAAGGGGCGAGGCAGCAGCUGCUGGGUGGACGGAGGCUACGACUGGCGAGGAGGGAGGCAACAAUGCAGCAACAACAGUGGCCAUCCAGGGGAGCCAGCAGGCAGAAAGAAACACACGAGACCCACUUUCAGCGGGCACCAGAUCUUUGCCCUGGAAAAAACUUUCGAGCAGACCAAGUAUCUGGCAGGACCCGAGCGGGCACGGCUGGCAUACUCAUUAGGCAUGACUGAGUCGCAAGUCAAAGUGUGGUUCCAGAACCGCAGAACAAAAUGGCGCAAGAAAAGUGCGUCGGAGCCAAGCUCCACACAGGCGGCGCGGGCCGAGAGCGGCCGCGAUGCCUCUGACAACGAACUGGAGGAUGAGGAGUACAACAAGCCACUGGACCCGGACUCGGACGACGAGAAGAUCCGUCUGCUCCUGCGCAAGCACCGCCGGGCAUUCUCUGUGCUGCGCCUGGGCCCACAUCAUGUCUGA